UAGUAGAAGACGAAGAAGAAGAACUGUCCGGUUCCGUCCCACGUGCAGGCAGUUGAACCGUUAACAGAUCAGACGGAAGUCGAACCUGUUAGUAUUCGGCUCCUAGGUUCGAUAACUAAAAAUAAAUAUCCGACAAUUUCGAAGUGAAUUUUCACGGCUAACUCGAUAGCUAGCGAUUGAACCUGUCCACGGGGACAUCGCUAGUACCUACACCGCGAAAGGACAACUAGUCUGUCUAAGUUUAUUAGGAAUAUUAACGUUACCAGAAGCUGAUACCUCUGAGCUAUCGAGAUGCCAGCGGAACUUGAGAAAAUUCUUUUACAGCUUACACAGCCCGACAAUGCAGUUAUUCAGCAGGCAACAGCCCAGCUGAAACGGGCUUUCGAAGACCCAGCCAUUAUUCCAGCGCUGUGUGCUGUCAUGAGUGGCUCCCAAAAUCCACAGAUUCGUCAGUCAGCUGCAGUCAUGCUGAGAUUGAGAGUAAAGAAACAUUGGAAGAAGAUUAGCCCUAACGACAGAGAGAGCCUUAAGGUGGUGGUGUUGCAGGCCUUCAUGCAGGAAACAGAGCACACAGUGCAGCACUCGCUCUCCCAGCUGUGUGCAGUGAUGGUUAAACAUGAGACACCAGACCGCUGGCCUGCCCUACUGCAGCUCCUCAAUCAAUCCACCAAGAGUAGCAACCCUCAUGACAGACAGGUUGGCCUCCUGCUGCUGAAUAAAGUGAUGGAUUCCAACCCAGAGGCCUUCAAGCCUCAUUUCUGCCAGCUGCUACAGCUGUUUAGUACUAUACUGCAGGACCACAAAAACCCAACAGCCCUGUACUACUGCAUCCUAACCCUCACAGCCAUAACUGCAUACACUGGCUCAGAAGAGAUGAACCAGAUGCAUUCUAUCAUCCCAAGUCUGAUUGUUGCUCUGAAACACCUCAUCAAAGCAGACCAAGACCAAGCCAGUGAGGCCAUGGAAGUGUUCAAUGAGCUCAUGGAGAGCGAGGUGUCUAUCAUCGUCCCUCAUGUUGCUGACAUUGUCCGCUUCUGCUUGGAGGUGGGCAGUGACACUGCACUGAGAGACUCUGUGCGAGUGAAAGCCCUCUCUUGCAUAGCCUUCCUCAUCAAGUUGAAGAGCAAGACGGUGUUGAAGCAGAAGCUGCUGAACCCCAUCCUGCAGGCGAUUUUCCCCAUACUUAUUGCAGUUCCCCCACCUGGUGAGCAGGAUCCAGAGGACAAUGAGGAUGACAGUGGAGAUGGCACAGACAAUGACAACCCAAAACAUUGUGCUGCACAGAUUAUUGACACGAUGGCACUCCAUAUGCCUCCAGAGAAACUGCUCCAACAAAUUAUGCCCCUCAUCCAGACUUGCCUUGCCAGUGAAAACCCCUACCAGAGGAAGGGGGGUCUGAUGUGUCUUGCUGUGCUGGCUGAGGGAUGUGCUGACCACAUACGCACCAAGAUGCUGUCAUCUAUGCUGCAGACAGUGUGCCAGAGUCUUUCUGAUGGUAAUCAAGUGGUGCGCUGUGCGGGCCUUUUUGCCCUGGGACAGUUCUCUGAACAUUUACAGCCCGAAGUAAGUCAAUACUGUGCUGAGUUGAUGCCUUUGCUGUUGGGAUACCUCUCAUCCUUGAACCAGGCCAAGAUUGGCCACGUCACCAAGGCCUUUUACGCCCUAGAGAACUUCAUGGAAAACCUGGGAUCAGAUAUUGAGCCGUACCUGCCCACCCUGAUGGACACUAUGUUGUCUUCUCUCAACAACACUGAAAACCUCAAGAUAAAAGAGCUCACUGUGUCUGCCAUAGGUGCCAUAGCCAAUGCUGCCAAAGAGCUGCUGGUUCCCUACUUCCCUCCAGUUAUUGACAGCCUUAAGGGCUUCCUGACCACAACCACAGAGGAAAUGAGGUCUCUACAAACUCAGUCCUUGGAUACCCUCUCUGUGCUGGCCCGUACAAUUGGCAAAGAUGUUUUCAGUCCUCUUGCUGCAGAGUGUGUCCGGCUGGGCCUCAACCUUAAUGACACCAUUGAUGACCCUGACCUGAGACGCUGCACGUACAGUCUGUAUUCUGCUGUAUCCACAGUGAGCCCUGACUGCCUGACUCCUUACCUCACUGCUAUUACAACAGUCAUGCUGCUUGCCCUCAAAUCUAAUGAAGGCAUCAUGGCACACCUUGAGGAGGACAAGACAUUUGUCCUGCUGGAUGAUGAUGAUGACAAAGAGGAAGACAAAGAUGUGGAUGAUUUUCUAGAAGAUGACACUGAGUCGGAUGUCCACGAUGUUGCAGGGUUCAGUGUUGAGAAUGCCUACAUUGAUGAGAAGGAGGAUGCCUGUGAUGCACUGGGAGAGAUAGCCUUCAACACAGGUGCUGCCUUUCAUGCCUUCCUGGAGCCCAGCUUCCAACAGGUUUAUGAGAUGAGAGAUUUUCCGCACGAGGAUGUCCGCAGGGCAGCAUUUGGGGCCAUGGGCCAGUUUUGUCGAGCUCAGCACAAAGUGUGGAAGCAGAAUCCCACUGAGGCCAACCACCAUGCCCUACUGAAGUUACUGGACAUUGUGCUUCCUUGCUUUGUGGAAACGAUUCGGACGGAGCAUGAGCGCCAGGUUGUGAUGGGCAUCCUGGAAACCAUGAACAGUGUCAUCAAAUCCUGCAAGGAGGAGGUUUUCAAACAUCCUUUACACCUUAAGGAGAUUAGCUAUGUCAUACGUGAUGUGCUCAAGAAGAAGACUGUUUGUCAGGAUGGUGGUGAUGAUGAAGCUGAUGAUGAAGACCAACAGGCGGAGUAUGAUGCCAUGCUCCAGGAGUUUGCUGGGGAGGGAAUCCCCCUGUUGGCCUCUUCUGUCCCUGCAGAUAACUUCGCCCCUUUCCUCAACGACCUGCUGCCUCUCAUCAUGAGCAAAGCUAAGUCCUCUUGUACAGUGGCAGAGCGCUCCUUCUCUGUGGGUAUUAUUGGAGAAAUCCUGCAGGCCCUUGUGAGUGUAUCUGGGGGCAGAGGAGUGGCAGGCCGACUGUCCAAUCGUUUGCUUCCUGUGCUGGUGGCUGGAGUGAAAGACGGUGAUCCUGAGGUACGCAACAAUAGCGUGUUUGGACUAGGAUGUUUGGCCCAGGCAGCUGGACCCAUCGUUGCAUCAGACUAUCCCAUGAUGCUGUCUGUGUUUUCCAACCUGCUGGCCAAAGAGUCAGACCCUAGAGUAGUUGACAACCUCUGCGCUGCCCUUUGCAGGAUGAUCAUGAGUAACGUGGAUGCUGUCCCUCUGGAGCAGGUUGUCCCUGCUCUGGUGGCUCAUCUUCCCCUUAAAGAGGACUUGGAAGAGAAUAAGACGGUGUUCAGCUGCCUGGCCAUGCUCUACACACACAGUCCUGCCUUGGUUUUGAAGCUAAUGAAGCCCAUAAUUACUGCUUCCAGUCAUGUCCUGGGCAAUGAGAAUGUUGAUAAAGAAACCAAGAAAACUGUGGCCAUGAUGAUGAAAGAUUUUUUCCAACACCACUCUGCAGACUUCCAGUCAGCUGUAAUGUCACUUUCUGGAGAGCAGCAAGACAAACUCAGUGUGGCCAUCUCUGCCUCAUAGCCCACACACAUCCUUCAACUCUUAAGUGAAAGCUAGGCAAAACAACUUUUAUACUGUAGGUGAAAAAUGGGACUGAUGUUGGUAAUGGAUCCCUAAAUUAUCUGAAAAUAGCACUUCAACUAUCUACUAUAGUUAUUAUUACAUUCAGCAGUUCUGCUUCUGAGUAUUAACUAUUAAUUUAUUUGCUUAUGUGCUUGCCGUUUUGAAGUUUUAUUAUUGUUAAAGCUCCAGUUAACCAUCCUAUAUUUUUACUGUUCUACAUAAUUUUCCUGUAAUUCCUGUAAAUUUCUAAAGAUUGCCUCUGCCCCCUGGUUUUGCUAUCUGAGUGUGAGGCAAUUAAUUUGAUUUCCUGAUAAAUGUAAUAUUUCAUCAUUCAGUGGACUUUAAACUUGGGAUCCCUAUGCAUUCUAUAGUUGUUCUGCCUCUCUUUUACUCAUUCAUUUGCCUGAAGGGAUUUCUGUAAUGGGCCAACACUACAGCUGUGUACUAAGUUCUGCAGUUGUGUUCUUAGUACAGCUCUGUAAUAAGUGUUUGUUUGUAAUAUAAUUCUAUUCAGUGGUACCCUACAACACAAAUUACACCAUGCAAUUUAUGUUAAGCUAUUUAAUCUUGCCUUGACAUGGAAACAAACUGAUGACACCUUGAAGCCUCUAAAUAAACGAAAACUUGCCCUUCUCAAAA